UCCGAACGCUACAGCCGUCAACUUUAUCGAAAGCUGGCAACGCGCAAAUCUAGCUGGCCACGAUGGUGACCAAUGCGACAAACAACAACAAUCUGCAGGCGAACAACAACAGUUCGACGCCGAACAAUAACAACGAUGACUUUGACAUUGACCAGGACGAUGGCCUGCAGGACCUCGGCCUGCCCGUCUCCGUCCAAACGUUCCUGUGGCGCCAAAUAGCGCCCUUCAUCCGGCCGCGCCUGGGCAAGCUGCAUGAGGCCAGCUGCAUGUUUUGUCAACACGCACCGGGACACCAUGAAUCCAAAGAAGCAUGCAAGUCCUUCGAGAAGGUUCUCGUACAGAACAUUCAAUUUGGACUUUCGCCACCUUUGACCAAGGCCCUGGGCGCCAUACCACGUUGGCGUCUGCUACAGGGCGCCCUGCCGCAUGUCAUGCACGCCUGCGCAGCUCUGCUUUACUGUCGCGUUAAGGACAUGCAGGCAAUUGGGCCCGUCGAGACGAAAUUGCUAUACACAAUGCAAUGGAUAUUACUUUAUGCCGCCGAGGAGUGCGCCGACGAUGAGGGCGGCGAUGAGCUGGGCCUGGCCGAUGCUGCGGAGCCCAAGGCCAAGGCUAUGGAUCAGUAUCUGUUCUCAGUGCCCACGAUUACACUUUUUGUGUAUCUGUUUGCGCCCAUCAUACAUCAUUUGAAGGAAUCGGAUUUUCAAAACAUUCGCCUGGAGAAUGGCAUUAAGCUGUGGCAGGGCAUGUGGGACAAUCGGGCACCGGGUGCUCCUUGCUUUACGGCGCCCGUCAAGCCGAAGGCACGCAAUUUGUUGUGCGCCCCCACGCCGAAGGGCUCGACGGAUGUGUUUCAGGGUCGCAAGCACUCGCUGGGACCUGACGCCAUGUCGCCCAAGGCAGACUCGCCACAGAGCGGCCUUAGCGACUAUGGCCAACAGGAUGAGGAGGGCUCGUGGGUGUCCUCGCCCAAGGAGUUCUUUCCCGAGACCAUACCCGAAGAAGCAUCGAGUGUAGAGGACGAGCGCGUGGUCAUCUUUCGCUUGCCCUCUGCACCGCAGCUCAUGGACAACUCCUUCUUCACGGCUGAUGCCAGCUUGCUGCAGCAGCAACAGCAGCAACAGCAGCAGCAGCAGCAGCAAUCGCAGAGUCGUCGUGGCAGCCACCAGUCGAUGAACUCUAGGGACAAGGAGAAGCCUUCAACCAAAUUUGAGUUCGAUCAGCAAGAACUGACGCGUGGCGCCUCCAUGAAGGAGAAACGUAGCGCCUCGAUUGAAAAAGAAUCGGAUACGGAUAAGUCGGAGGGCAGCAAAGUGGAUGUCUCGGCAGCGACCUUCUUGGAUGUGGCCGUGCUGCGCUGUCUAUUCAUCUCACAUUGGCAGGAGGAGGGCAUCUUCUGGAGCUUGCAGUACCUGUACAACAGACUCAGUGAAAUCGGCGAGGAGGCAUCCAUCACCUUGAAUCAGCCGCGUAAGCGUUCCAACUCACUGCCCAUACCACAAAUCGAGAUCUCACUGUACCAGGGACCGGGCAGCAACAGUCGCGACAGUCCAGGCAGCUCGGUAGUCAAGGAUUACAUUGAAAUACCAGAGCCAGCUGCCACAGUGACGGCCAGUGCAGUGGAAGAAACCCCGAGCAUGCCCAGCAGCUCGGAGCGACGGGGCAGCGAGAAGAAGAAGCGCGUCAAAAUGGCCGAUCUGAGGGCAUUUGUCGAAACGAAAAUGUUCUCGAAAUCGGAAAAGAACUUGGAAAAAGUAGGGCUCGAUACAAACUCUGCCAAUGGCAAGAAUCCACUGCAACAUGCAGAAUAUCAUCGCAGCCUGGACACUGGCGAGAAGAAACUGUCACGUUCCGCCUCAAUGAUCACUCGAGAGCCAGCUAGCAAUCUAAUCAAGGGCAAGUCCAUGCCCAGCUUAAGCUGUCUGCUUGAUAGCGGAUUUUACAGAUACGUAGAGCCGCCAAAGGCCGCCAGGCCGCCACAGACGACUUGUCCACGUGGCACAGCCUUCUAUCCGCGUAAUCCCAUUAUUACAGUCACUGAGCAUACGCCCACGCCCUCGCCGGACUAUAUGAAGCGACAGGGCUCCAUUGACUCGCAAUUGGAUGCUCUAAGCAAUGGCGGCAGCAUCGUUGGAGCUGGUGGCAAUGGCAGCGCCGGUGGUGGCAGCAGCACCGCACGCUAUCGUGGACCCAUGCUGCGCUCUCACACGGACUCCCACAUAGAUUACACGGGUGUGGACGAGUCCGAGGCACCGGGCUCCUCCUUCUAUAUCACACGCGACGGCGGCAUCGACUACGAAAUCGUGCUGCUGGCUGUGAGCAGCGUAUUCAAGCGAGAUCCCUCGCAAGUCUGCUCGCUGCGCGUGCUAGAGGCGGGCCUGAACAUUUGCGAGCUGCUCAUCGAGAUGGGCGUCUUGAAGCUGGGCGAGCAUCCACACGAGAUAUCGAUGGGCAUAACACGGCGUGCACUGCAGGUGCUCGGCUGUCCACAUGGCUGCAAUGAUGGUGUUCGAGGUCCGCCCGCUGACUUUUUGCGCAAUCAGUGCCAGAAGAUAAUAUCGCGCAUGCUGCGCCAAGCCGGACAGCGCACCAAGCGUCAUCUGCAGGAGAUGGUCAAGACAUCGCCGUUGCCGGAGCUCAUAGACUAUUUCCAUGCAUUUCUCGCCUUCUGCGUGGAUCCCAGCUCCCUGCUGUCCCCGCUGACUCAUAAACGUCAGAGUGGGUAUAAAAAUGUUAACACCGAUCUUGGCGGUGUACCAGGUCAGGGCGGCUAUUCCAGCAAUUUUAGCGGCGGCAUCAGCGGCGGAGCCGAGGGCCAAGUGGUUGGCGCCAUAUUCAAACAGCUCGUCAGUCGAUUUGUGGAGGCCAGCAAGGACCUCAAGCUGCCGGAGAACGUGGCACUCUAUGGCGAUAUUCGACAGCUGGUGACGUAUGUGAAGGGCGCACAUGGCGGACCCUUUCGUCUGGUUGCACUCAGCGGCAUAUUGGCUGUGACGCCGCGACCACACAAGAAGGGGCCGACGCCGCAGACGACACGGGUCAUCAGACAUAUACCCCAAGCGAAUACCAUGCAGGUGGUGGUGCAAAGUGAUGACAAUCGUUCGCAGCGUCGAUUGCUGCUGAAGAAACGCAGCACCUCCUCUGCCUGCGCCGUGAGCCUGCUGGAGACGGAGCCGUGCGAUGAGCACUACAAGACCAGUCAGUCGCCAUUGAGUAACUUUCGACGUCGCACCACUGGCGUGCGACCCACUCUGACGCCGCGGCACAGUGAACGGGCGCUGCUCUCCGAUUCGACGUCCAGCUCGGAACGCAAUUCGCUGGGACGGCUCAGCGGCUUGGUGCGCUGGUUUCGCGGCACGCCCAAAGAGGCAUCAUCGAUUGAUCUGGAAAUUGGUUCGCUAAAUCCAGAGAUAACAUCGACAUUCAUGCGACACGCCUCGCUCAAGAUCCAACGAGGUCGUUCGAGCGAUGGCAUCGGUCGCUCCAUACAGCGUGCCAAGCGACGCGUUGAGCGACGUCUGAACCGUUUCGGCGGCAUUGUGAAGGGCAAGAAGAAGGUGGGCGGCAUCGAAGAGACAGCGGACUACAGUCGACGCAGCUCCUCCGACAUGUGCGAUGGACCACGCGAAUCCGAAGUGGUCAUACUCAAGGAACGCAAGCUGGUGCCCACCGAACCGGUUCGUGUGGGCAUGCUUCGGCUAUCCUUUCUGCUGGAGACCUGUGCACCGGGCUGCUUCCCUGAUCCUCAGCUGAUUGCAGCCGUCUUGGAUUUGCCCCAAGCACCACUGGUGACGCGUGCCACAUUUUUGCUGGAGUGCGCGCACUUUGUGCAUCUGUGCAACAAGGGCCAGUGGCCCAUUUGGAUGAAACAGAACGUGGGCGGCUAUCGCGCUUCCGGUGCCAAUAUCAAUCCCGCCCAGAUGAAGCAGCAAGUCAGCCAAACCAGCGCUCGGCGCACACAUAUUCUGCUGCGCGCCGCUGGUAAAAUGUUUCAUCAAUGGGCCGAGAUGGUGGGCGCACGACUCGAGGAGUUGCUCUUCACCGAACGUUUGCAGUUCGAAGCGCUGAAUGCCAGUCUCACCGAUCCGGAGAAGCAGCGGGAGCUGCUGCAGCAGGAUGAGGAGGAAGAUUUCCUGGACGAGUCCUCAGUGAAUCCACAUGGCAAUGAUUGCCCUCACGCCCUCAAGCUAAUUGCCUGUGUGCUGCUCUUCGAGAUUACGGCCUUUCUGCGAGACACUUACAUCACGUUGCCAAAGACUUCAAAGAUGCUGCAUCGCGACCGACCCGCACCCUGGGAGAAGGUGUACCGUGAGGCCAAUCGACGCUGGUCCAUGGCACUCAGCUCCAUGGGCCACUCGCAGACCUCAGCCCAGAGCCUACAAUCCAUAGCAGCGGGCAACGACGGCGCUGGCCAAACUGAGCGCAAAAUCUCUUUUGUGCUUCACGAACCGGACAACGAGUCGGAGAACAGCAGCAACACGACAUUAACAAAGGAGGGCGAGGAAGCUCGACGUCCCACUGCCUCGGCUGUUCGUCCAUUCCUGCUGCGCCGUGGCACAGCAACCACAACGGGAGGCUCCUUUAAACGACGUUCGCUCAAGCUACGUCGCAAUACCAAGGACAGCAAAGAGAUCGAAACAGACUUUAACAUGCAAUCGAGACGCAAAGUGUCCUCGCUCUCGGAUCGCAGCGAUACCUCCGAGCAGGGCGUCAUUAGUGGCGGCGAGGAGUCCCCGGGCAUACUCAGCGACGACCAGCAGCCAGAAUCGCCGACGGACUCCAAUGAAAAUGACGACACUGCCAAGAAUAUGCCCUGGCUGAAGGCCGUCAUCGAUUUGCUUACCAGCUACAAUUACUACUGCACCCAUAAGGGCUACUGUCAUCCCUUCUGCUACAAGCGUCACAUGCGCUCCUGCACGAGGCUCAUAAAGGCUACCCGAAAGGUUUAUGGCGAAGAAUUUGGUUUUACUUUUGACGCGGAUCAUCCCACUGUGGAGCCCACAGUCAUAAGCUCGUCAAAGCCCUCGGCACGACCACGUUCAACGCGCAAAGUAUCGGAGCAGAGCUCGACACAAACAUCUCCAUCCAAGCGCAAGGAUAGCCUGUCCCGCAAGGAUCGCAUUAGCGAUGAUCCGGACAUUGAGAUGGCCGAGAAGCUGGCGCGUAGCUUUCGGCAGGAGAAGGAAAAGAAGCUGCAGGAGGAGCUGCCCAUCUUGAAGUUCAUACGCAUCCACAUACGCAAUCUGUUUCACUUUCCACUGACCACCAUGCUAAAGGGCGCAGUGGUGCUCAGCGAGGAGCUCGUCAUCGAGGCCAUGCCCGCUGCCUGGGAGCUGCUGCUGGAAACGAAUCAUGAUACGGCCACCUCGAGUGCAGCCGUCUUCCUCAUGGGCUCGGUGAAGGCGCAAAAUUUCGCCUUUGACAUUAUGCAGCGAGCGCUGAAGCACAAGAAUCCGGAUAUACGUAUUGGAGCGAUUCAGCGCUACUUGGUGCUGUGGAAGUGUCGCUUCCACGUCUGGCCACGCAUGGAGGAGAAUGCACACGAUGCUACGUUUAAGGUGCCACCGGGUGGCAUUGAGUUCACAUUGCCCUCGCCCAAAAUUGGCAUCGAGAGUUUGCCCGUUGUGGACCCGCCCUGGAUGCCAGUGCAGCAAACCAAAGACAUGGACAUGACCCUAAACCAGGACAGACAUCGCUCCCUGGUCACCGCCACCAAGAGCCGCAAGAUGCAGCAAACGGAGGCUAUUCGGAAUGCUCUGCGUCAGCAGCGCGACAAGCAGCGCGCGGAACGGCAUAGUUUUCUCAUCACCAUGAUACCCAUUAGCCAGCAGGCUUCUCAUGAGCCGGGCAUGGAGCAUGAGGAUCAUGAAAUCGAAGAGGAUUUGGAUGGCACACGCGCCUCCUCGCAUCUGCAUCAUGCCCACUCGCUCUUCCCAUCGGUGCUAUGCUCCUCGGUAAUGCAGAUUGUGGGUUGCCUGGACGAUGCAGCCAUUGGAUCUGACGGCAAUGCUGUCUAUGAGGUGGCCUACCAGGUUAUCUGGGUGUGCCUGGUCGAAGAGUCCGCCCUAUUCUUGCGCUAUGUAUUCGAACGUUUGACUCGAGACCGACAGGAUCAGAUGUUCAAGCUAUUGCGACAUUUGAUACGUUUUGUGCCUCGCCUGCCGCAACAAGCUGCCUUUGCUCUGUACAACUCCAUCAUUGGCUACAUCAUGUUCUAUGUGCGCUCCUCCAAUGAGCUCAAGCAGGAGCUGGUGGGUUCGGCUUUAUCGGUUUUAUGGAUGGUGGUGCACUCGGUGCAUGGCAUCAUGUUCAAGGAUCUAAAGCAAAUAUUGCGCAAGGAGCAGUGCGAUGCCUCGAUUCUGCUUACCGCGAAUGUGCCCGCUGCCAAAAAGAUUGUGGUGCAUGGGCCGGCAGAUGACGACUACAAUAUACCCUCACAGUUUCCCGUCCAGGAGGAUACGCUCUUCUGCCAGCUGCUGAAGGAGGCCUUAGACUAUUAUCCCAUUGAUGAAAAGAGCAUUACGCACUAUUGUCUGGUGGACUACAAGAGCAACAAAAUACUCAAUCCAAAUUGGUAUAUACGAGACUUGUACUUCUUCAAGCGCUCGCAGUAUCCGGAGGUGCGUCUGACGCUGAUGCGUCCGGAGGAAUCCUUUCUUGCGCUACAGAAACAGGAGUUGACAAAGAAAUUUGUUGAAAUUGGCAAAGUCCAUUUGACUUGGGCCAUAUUGAAAAACGUGGACAUGGUUGUGCAGCGUGUUGUGUUUUUGCACGAGGAGCUCAUGAAGCUGCCAUCGUUUCCGCGCAAAGCGCUCGAAGUGGACCUCGACCUGCAUCAUGGUGGGGAAUAUGGCAAGGUGCUGCUCGGCUUGGAUGUGCUGCAUAAGUUCAUGUGGGUGCGUCUGAUCGCACGCAUGUUCGAGGCCAUGGCCGGAAAUUUCGCCUACUCGGCAGACAUUCAACUCUUCCUGAAUGUGCUGUCCGGCGCCUCCAUAUUGCAUGCGGAGGAUUCAUGCAUAAUGCGCUAUGUGAUGGCCACUUUCAUCAAUGCGGCUUUCAAUUUCAAGAAUAUCUUCUCGACGAAUGGCUAUUUUAUGAUCAUGCCCACACUACUGCAGGUGUAUUCGCUCCAUCAGACCAACAAGCUAAUCACUACGACUAUCGAAUACGCCGUGAAGCAGUUCUAUCUGCUGAAUCGCAAGCCCUUUAUACUCCAAAUGUUUGGCUCUGUUUCGGCCAUACUGGACACGGAUGAGGAUGGCACCUAUGGCGAGGCGCAUAAGGUGCAAUCCAGUUGCCUCUUCAAUUUGCUGCUCAGCCUCGAAGAUCCCUCACCAGAUCCGCUCAACAUAGCCGAACUGGUCAAAGAGCCAAAGCCAUUAAAGGCCAUUGAUUUCUGCUAUCACGACGAGGACGACGAUGUAACUGUACUCGACUGCAUCACUUUAUGUGUAAUGGUUGUCUCCUAUUCAGCGGAAAGCACGCGAGGCUAUCAAAUGCUGAUUAUCCUGGAAGCUAUUCUACCCUGUUAUCUGCAGCAGAUCCAAUCGCCCAGCUACAUUCCAUUGCAGGGAAAAUCCGAGAGAGAUAUCAUACUCCAAUUGGCUGUGGCCAUACGCACCAUGGUGCACAAUUGCGAGGGCUUGGCCAAGAGCUACAAUGGGCCCUAUCGCAACAGUCCGGAGCACAAAGGUUCGUCGCAGCGCAAUUGCAGUCGCGGCCCACCCUGCUCACCCGGCAUGGACUUUGAGGAAGAGUCGCACACGAAGUAUGCCACAGAUCCACGCACCAAGAACAUGAUGGACUCUGCCGAAGACUCGGAGAUGAUACGCACUGAAUACCGACGUCCUAGAGACGUCCUACUCUCCGUUGUUGCCGAUUUCCUAACCAAGUCGACGACACGUCUCUUCGAGCUGGCCAAGAAGUUGCCGGCAAAUGACAGCAAGCCCACUGAGGUGCUGGAUGCCAAGUGUCAUAUUCGUUUGGCAGACAUUGCCCACUCACUGCUUAAGGUCUCACCCUACGAUCCCGAGUCCAUGGCCUGUCGUGGAUUACAGCGCUAUAUGCAAUCGGUGCUGCCACGGGCCGAAUGGUCAAAUGAUACGCUGCGUAAUGCUCUAGUAACAGUGCUGCGUCGCAUCGACAAGGUGUUCCUUAAGAUAUCCAAGAAGCCAUCCAUACGCCGCAAUACGGAUUGGGAGGCAGCCGCCGGACUGCUCAAGGGCAUACAUGAGACAAUUAUACGACAUCCGUAUGUGCUUCACUGGCAGCAGAUGAAGACCCUCAUAUCUACCGUUCAGAAUCUGAUUGUGAAUGAGCCGGGCAGCGGUGGCAUACCGGAGGGCGUGUCCAGUGCAGGUGCAGCGCUCAUGUCUCAGAAUCCACCGGCCUUUUUCUGCUCGACUGUGGUGCGUUUGGUGGCCCUACAAGUGGUUAGCCCCGUUGACUGUUUCUCGCUUGUGCAAAUUUGCGGCGGCAGCGCCGAAUUCGCCACGCAGGAAAAGGCCGAAGGAUUUCUAAUGCAUCUGAUAAUGCCACUGUGCUUGAAGGUCUGCUCCGGACGCGGCGUCUCCGAUGUGGGCGAGCUGAAGAUGAGCGACGUCUCAUUUCUGCUAACCGCCGUGCUAAAUGCCAUGAGUCCGCCCGCUGGCCGCACCGGCCAAGCCGUUUCACAGAUCAAUCGAGUUACGGGAGAUUUACGUGCGGGCUCCCUAACCUUUACGGGCAGCCGAGAUGCCAAACGUCCGGCUCGCAUCUCGGGCUCACUAUAUCAAGCGGCUUUCCUUGCAUUGCGCAUUGUGUGCAUUUGCUUUGAGAAUCGUUUGUCUAGCGAAUGGCCGCGUAUAGUGCGCGUCAUGCGAGACCUGGGCAGGCGCAACGAAGCAGCUCCAGAUCUAUGGAGCUUUAUGGAAUUUGUUGUCACGCAUCGCACGCCGCUCUACAUUGUCCUCUUACCCUUCAUCCUGCACAAGAUCUCCCAGCCACCCAUUGGUGACCACGAGCGGCACAUGCAGUUCAUCAUUAGGGAGCGCCUACGCGGCACCCCACCUCAGGGUGGACUUAAGUCGAAGGGCGCGCUGCUGCUCGAGUUGGCACGCGAGCUGCGCGAUCUACGGGAUGAGCUGGAAGACAAGCGUUAUGUCUCUACAGAUCGCGAGAGCUCCGAGCAGAAGAAAAGUGAUGCAGCGGCAGCUACCAGCGCUGCAGAUGCCCACAAGUCACAGCAGCGACCAUCGCUAAUAUCCAUAUUCACGGGCACCACCACCGGCCAGGCGACCCACUCGCAUGUCUCUGCUGUGCCCAUUGAUUCGCGCAGUGGCUCUGGCGGUAUAUGCACGCCCAGUGAUACGCUCUCCCAGCAAACGCUGCAUCCACCACGUGAAUCUCUGUCUAGCAGCUCCACAGGUCGCGAUCCACAUACUACAACUAGUGAGAGUCAGAGCGGUGAAGGCGCUGCUGGCUCUGCGCCCACUCUAGUGGGUCAGCCAGUGGGCAGCGGACCGAGUGGCAGCUCGGCCCUGCCACCUGGCAUUGCUUCUCAGCUAUCGCACUCGCAGUCACUGCAACAGGCGCCCUUUAAGGUGCAGCCACCCAAAUUACGAUUUGUUUCAUCCGUGGAAUUUCGACACUCCUCUGGGGAGACCUCAACGACGCCUUUGUCACCAGAAAGCCCAGCAGAGGAUAGUUCUGGCGAUCAUACACGUUCGCGCCUGCAACGUUCCAAGGCGGCCAGUCGCAAAACUUUCCGACUAAAGCGCAGUCGCCUAACUCCAAUGGAACCGCCCAGCAUCGUCACCUCACUCUCUCAAGAGCAGGAGCAGCAGACGAAAGCCAUUGGCGAAAUAUCGUGGGACUCGGUCUCACAAACAUCAUCCACAUCGGGUUAUCGGGAUAACAAUAGUCUGCAGACCGGUCUGCUUUCGCCGGACGGCUCUCUGGGCGGGCUGACCUUAGGUCGUUCGCCUUCGCAGCACUCCCUACUGAUGGUAUUCGAAGGUCAGGACGAGGACACACUUAUUUAACAAUCACAGAACGGCGACCGAGCCUACGAGCUUUAGGGACAGCCUCAAUACAAAAACUUAAUUUUACUUAGCUAGCCUUAACAUAUUUAAUACAUACUAAAUUAGCUGACAAAUUAACAAAGUUCUUUGUUAAGUUUUUUAGAUACAUAUACUUAAGAUUAGUUGUUGUUCCAUUGUGUGCCGAGAUUUUAUA